CGGAGCCCGCCUAUUGGUCGUUGGAAGGCGAAGUGAAUGAUGUCAUCGUACACAGCCCGAUAUCAUUGGCGGAGAGAGGAAGGGUCGGCUCCCUGAUGGCGAUCUUGCGGUCGCCAAGGAGGGAGGGGAGGAGCGCUGAACUGCGGCGGACCCGGGAGUCGCCUGGUGUGCGAAAGUGGGCGCUGCAUUUCCUGGCCUCCCCCGUUGGCUCGCGCUGCUCUCCCGAGGGGCGAGCGGGGGAGAGGCAAGUCUUGUUCCUGGUCUGAAAAUGGCUUUUUCCAGGAUGAGGGUCCCACCUGCUCUGUUCUCCUUCCUCUUGCUAUUCCAGUGGAUGCCAAACUCUGGUAGUUCCCAGCAAGAUACCUGCCAGACCUGUCGGGGUCUUGUCGACAAUUUCAAUAAGGGUCUGGAGCGGACACAGCGAGAGAACUUCGGGGGCGGGAACACAGCCUGGGAAGAAGAGAAGCUUGCCAAAUACGCCAACAGUGAGACACGUCUGUUGGAAGUACUGGAAAGUGUGUGUUCUACAUCAGAUUUUGCCUGCCACCAGCUGCUGGAGCGAAGUGAAGACCACGUAGAACAUUGGUGGUUUCAUGAGCAGCAGCAGCAUCCAGACUUUUUCCAAUGGCUGUGCAUGGAUACCCUGAAAUUAUGCUGCCCAUCUGGCACCUAUGGCCCUGAUUGCCAGACCUGCCCUGGGGGUGCCGAGAAGCCUUGCAGUGGAUAUGGGCAGUGUGAUGGUGAAGGCACACGUGGGGGCACUGGCCUCUGCAUGUGCCAGACUGGCUACGGUGGUCCCUUUUGUUCUGAGUGUGGAGAUGGCUACUAUGAAGCUGCUCGCAAUGACAGCCACCUGGUAUGUGCGGAGUGCUACCGGGCCUGUGGGCGCUGUUCAGGCCCUGAGGAGACCAGCUGUCUACGCUGCAAGAGAGGCUGGAUGCUGCACAACCAACGAUGCAUCGACAUAGAUGAAUGUGGCACCGAUAUGGCACACUGUCGCAGCAACCAGUUCUGUGUCAAUACAGAAGGCUCCUAUGAGUGCCGAGACUGUGCCAAGCCUUGUAUUGGCUGCAUGGGUGCUGGGCCUUCUCGCUGCAAAAAAUGCAACAAGGGAUACCAGCGAGAUGGUGUCAAAUGCCUUGAUGUGGAUGAAUGUGCUGGUGAAGUGGAGGAACCUGUGUGUACGGGCGCCAACGAGGUUUGUGAGAACACAGAUGGCAGCUAUCGCUGUGUUUGCGCUGAGGGACAUCUACGCAAAGAGGGGAUCUGUGUGGAAGACAAACCCCCAGAUGCUCCCGAAAAAGGAUUCUUUGACGACAUUACAGAUGACGAAGUGGUUGUGCUGCAGCAGAUGUUCUUCGGGGCCAUCAUCUGCGCGCUGGCCACCUUGGCUGCCAAAGGAGACAUGGUCUUCACUGCCAUUUUCAUAGGUGCCGUCGCUGCGAUGGCCGGCUAUUGGAUGUCGGAGCGCAGCGACCGCGUUCUCGAUGGCUUCAUGAAAGGCAGAUAGGGCUUAGGCAGGGUUCACUCCCUUACCUGCUUCCUGCCUCGGAGAGCCAGCUGGGGGGGCAGGAAUACCUUGACCCCCUACCCUUUCCCCCUUAUCUUAGCAGGUUUGAAACCAGGAGAUGGGAAACACAACCUGCAUCCCCAUCUGGCCUAAAACAAGCCUUGACUUUCUGAAGAUACGCUGGAGGGACAAAUAGGAGCUGGGAAAUCAUGCAGGCCUAUCACUGAGAGGUCCUGACAGGUAUUAGAAGGGACUGGAUACCCCUUAAGGAAAUUUGAGGUUCAGAAGACACCGCCCCUAUUAUUGUCCAACUGACCCACUCUCCAUGCAUGUUGGAUGAUCCUGGAAGAGUUCAUCCCAAUAAGCUAUGAUCUUUCCCACUUGGGGCUGCCAAGGCUAACUGGAGAAAAGCUCAGCUCUUUGGGUUUGUGUUGGCGUGGGGUGGUUCCCUGCUGGCUUUUGGGGAAACCUUGUCCUUUGGCUAAGAGUUGACCUACACAUUGCAUUGAAGGAAGAGAGAAAUGGCAGCAAUACAUUGUUAGAGUGUUCCGCUUCAGGUAGGAUCCAGUGUUUGGGCUGACCUCAGAAUCACCCUGUAUUGAAUCAACCAGUAUCACAAGAGAUAGCAUAAUAUAAAUUUAAUAAAUACCGUAUUUUCCGGCGUAUAAGACGACUUUCUAAACCAUGCAAAUCUUCUCCAAAGUCGGGGGUCGUCUUAUACGCCGGAAAAUACGGUAACAAUAUAUAUACACUUAUUUGUGUGGUCAGAAGUGGUACAUUUCAAAAUUUUCUCAUCUGCAUAAUAAAUGUAUGGGCUUGCUCUCACUCUGUUGGGGGCAGCUUGGAAGGCGAAGGAAAUUGAAAGAGGCCUGCAUGUCCACCUUUUCGCUUUGCAAUUCUGUAUCUCAGGAAAAAUAAAUGUGUCUAAACCCACGCA